CCCGCCGCGGCCCGGUGCCCACGACCAUGCUCCACAGUGGGGAGGCAGGAACCCAGGCGCCCAGCGACCCCCGGAUACCCUCUCCCGGGCCGGGCUGGUGUUGAGAUCAAGGCGUCCAGGAUCAAAAGAUCACCACCUGCCCGCCCUCUCCGCACCUCCAGCUGACGAGCAGGAGGACCUCAAUCCACCCGCCGACCCUGACCUGGUCAUGGCGUCCAGCUCCGGCCUGGCGUGAGGACCCCCGACCCGCGCGAGGGAGCCCCCAUCCCAGACCACACCCUUGAGCCUGAGCCCAGCACACACUAUUCCAGAGUCCGUGCUCCAGUACCGAGUACCUGGCUGGGCCCGGGGCACGCACAGGGGCCGUAGCCCCACUGUGUGUGGGAGCCAUGAGGAUCCUGGCUAACAAGACAAGGUUACCCCACCCCAGGAGGAGAGAAGCUCCAGGGAGCCCGCCGCUGUCCCCCCGCGGCCACUGCCCCCCUGCCCCAGCCAAGCCAAUGCACCCAGAAAAUAAAUUGACCAAUCAUGGCAAGACAGGGAAUGGCGGGGCCCAAUCCCAGCAUCAGAAUGUGAACCAAGGACCCACCUGCAACCUGGGCUCCAAGGGCGUGGGGGCGGGUAGCCAUGGGGCCAAGGCCAACCAGAUCUCACCUAGCAACUCAAGUCUGAAGAACCCGCAGGCAGGGGUGCCCCCCUUCAGCUCUCUCAAGGGCAAAGUGAAGCGGGAGCGGAGCGUGUCUGUGGACUCUGGAGAGCAGCGGGAGGCUGGGACCCCAUCCCUGGAUUCAGAGGCCAAAGAAGUGGCACCCCGGAGUAAGCGGCGGUGUGUGCUGGAGCGGAAGCAGCCAUAUAGUGGGGACGAAUGGUGCUCUGGACCCGACAGCGAGGAGGAUGACAAGCCCAUUGGGGCCAGUCACAAUUGUAAUGUAGCAGACCCCGCUAUGGCGGCCCCACAGCUGGGUCCCAGCCAAACUGCCCAACUGCCACUCAGUGAGAGCAGUGCACCGGGCCCCCCACAUGGGCCCCCACCAGGGCUUCGGCCCGAUGCCUCUGGGGCUGGGGGUGUCCCUGGAAAGCCUCCCUCGCAGUUUGUGUAUGUCUUCACCACCCACCUGGCCAACACGGCUGCAGAUGCAGUGCUGCAGGGCCGGGCAGACUCCAUCCUUGCCUAUCACCAGCAGAAUGUGCCCCGGGCCAAGCUGGACCAGGCUCCCAAAGUGCCACCCACCCCAGAACCGCUAUCCCUGAGCACGCCAUCAGCAGGAACCCCGCAGUCCCAGCCACCUCCACUGCCACCACCGCCACCCCCUGCCCCUGGCAGCGCCCCCCCUGCACUUCCCCCCGAGGGGCCUCCUGAGGAUACCAGUCAGGACCUGGCCCCCAACUCGGUGGGCGCUGCCAGCACGGGUGGUGGGACUGGGGGCACCCACCCUAACACCCCGACGGCUGCCACUGCUAACAACCCUCUGCCUCCUGGAGGAGACCCUGGCAGUGCUCCUGGCCCUGCACUGUUGGGAGAGGCCACCCCCACAGGAAAUGGACAGCGCAGCCUAGUGGGCUCUGAGGGCCUGUCCAAAGAACAGCUGGAGCAUCGGGAGCGUUCCCUCCAGACCUUGCGAGACAUUGAACGGCUGCUGCUCCGUAGUGGAGAGACAGAGCCUUUCCUCAAGGGGCCCCCUGGUGGAGCAGGUGAGGGGGGUCCACCAGCACAAGCUCCUUCUGCCGCUCAGCAGCCUCUCACGGCCCCUCCCAGUGGGCUGAAGAAGUAUGAGGAGCCCUUGCAGUCCAUGAUUUCACAGACACAGAGCCUAGGGGCCCCCCCACUGGAGCAUGAAGUGCCUGGGCACCCCCCCGGCGGGGACAUGGGACAGCAGAUGAACAUGAUGAUGCAAAGGCUGGGCCAGGACAGCCUGACUCCCGAGCAGGUGGCCUGGCGCAAGCUGCAGGAGGAGUACUACGAGGAGAAGCGGCGGAAGGAGGAGCAGAUUGGGCUGCACGGGGGCCGCCCUCUGCAGGACAUGAUGGGUAUGGGUGGCAUGAUGGUGAGGGGUCCUCCACCUCCCUACCACAGCAAGCCUGGGGAUCAGUGGCCGCCUGGAAUGGGUACACAGCUGCGUGGGCCCAUGGAUGUCCAAGAUCCCAUGCAGCUCCGGGGUGGAUCUCCCUUCCCCGGCCCCCGUUUCCCAGGGAACCAAAUGCAACGGGUGCCUGGGUUUGGGGCCAUGCAGAGUAUGCCUAUGGAGGUGCCCAUGAAUGCCAUGCAGAGGCCUGUGAGGCCAGGCAUGGGCUGGACGGAGGACUUGCCCCCUAUGGGGGGACCCAGCAAUUUUGCCCAGAAUGCUGUGCCCUACCCAGGUGGGCAGGGUGAGGUGGAGCGAUUCAUGACCCCUCGGGUCCGGGAGGAGCUGCUGCGGCACCAGCUGCUAGAGAAGCGAUCGAUGGGCAUGCAGCGCCCCCUGGGCAUGGCAGGCAGUGGCAUGGGGCAGAGCAUGGAGAUGGAGCGGAUGAUGCAGGCACACCGGCAGAUGGAUCCCACCAUGUUCCCUGGGCAGAUGGCUGGUGGCGAAGGCCUGGCAGGCACUCCCAUGGGCAUGGAGUUUGGUGGUGGCCGAGGCCUCCUGAGCCCUCCCAUGGGGCAGUCUGGGCUGAGGGAGGUGGACCCGCCCAUGGGGCCAGGCAACCUCAACAUGAACAUGAAUGUGAACAUGAACAUGAACAUGAACUUGAAUGUGCAGAUGACCCCGCAGCAACAGAUGCUGAUGUCACAGAAGAUGCGGGGCCCUGGAGACAUGAUGGGACCCCAAGGCCUCAGUCCUGAGGAGAUAGCCCGGGUUCGGGCCCAGAAUAGCAGCAGCAUGAUGGGUGGCCCACAGAAGAUGCUUAUGCCUUCUCAGUUUCCCAACCAGGGCCAGCAGGGAUUCUCUGGGGGCCAGGGACCCUACCAAGCCAUGCCACAGGACAUGGGCAACACCCAAGACAUGUUCAGUCCUGACCAGGGCUCGAUGCCCAUGGGCACCGUGGGCACCACCCGGCUCAGCCACAUGCCUCUGGCAGCUGCAUCCAAUCCUCCUGGGUCUGUGCAUUCAGCCCCAAACCGGGGGCUGGGGAGACGGCCUUCAGACCUCACCAUCAGUAUUAAUCAGAUGGGCUCGCCGGGCAUGGGGCACCUAAAGUCACCCACCCUUAGCCAGGUGCACUCACCCCUGGUCACCUCACCCUCUGCCAACCUGAAGUCACCCCAGACUCCCUCGCAGAUGGUGCCCUUGGCCUCUGCCAACCCUCCAGGACCUCUCAAGUCACCCCAGGUUCUCAGCUCCUCUCUCAAUGUCCGCUCACCCACUGGCUCACCCAGCAGACUCAAGUCUCCCUCCAUGGCGGUGCCUUCUCCAGGCUGGGUUUCCUCACCCAAGACAGCCAUGCCCAGUCCGGGGGUCUCCCAGAAUAAGCAGCCGCCUCUCAACAUGAACUCUUCCUCCACCCUGACCAACAUGGAACAGGACCCCACACCUUCCCAGAACCCCCUGUCACUGAUGAUGUCCCAGAUGUCCAAGUAUGCCAUGCCCAGCUCCACCCCGCUCUACCACAAUGCCAUCAAGACCAUCGCCACCUCAGACGACGAGCUGCUGCCUGACCGGCCCCUGCUGCCCCCUCCUCCGCCACCACAGGGCUCUGGGCCAGGCAUCAGCAACAACCAGCCCAACCAGAUGCACCUGAACUCCACGGCUGCCCAAAGCCCCAUGGCCAUGAACCUGCCAGGCCAGCAGCCCCUGUCCCAUGAGCCCCCACCUACCAUGCUGCCCUCCCCCACCCCUCUGGGAUCCAACAUUCCACUACACCCCAACGCACAGGGGGCAGGAGGGCCCCCUCAGAACUCGAUGAUGAUGGCCCCUGGGGGCCCAGACUCCCUGAAUGCCCCCUGUGGCCCUGUGCCCAGCUCCUCCCAGAUGAUGCCCUUUCCCCCUCGGCUGCAGCAGCCCCAUGGUGCCAUGGCUCCUGCUGGGGGUGGUGGCGGGGGACCUGGCCUGCAGCAGCACUACCCUUCGGGCAUGCCCCUGCCCCCAGAGGACAUGCCGAGCCAGCCAGCGGGCCCCAUGCCCCCCCAGCAUCACCUGAUGGGCAAAGGCAUGGCUGGGCGCAUGGGUGACGCGUACCCACCGGGGGUGCUCCCAGGGGUGGCAUCAGUGCUGAACGACCCAGAGCUGAGCGAGGUGAUCAGACCUACCCCGACUGGGAUCCCUGAGUUUGACUUGUCAAGGAUCAUCCCCUCUGAGAAGCCAAGCAGCACCCUCCAGUACUUCCCCAAGAGUGAGAACCAGCCCGCCAAGGCCCAGCCCCCCAAUCUGCAUCUCAUGAACCUGCAGAACAUGAUGGCGGAGCAGACCCCCUCUCGGCCCCCCAACCUCCCAGGCCAGCAGGGCGUCCAGCGGGGGCUCAACAUGUCCAUGUGCCACCCCGGACAGAUGUCCUUGCUGGGCAGGACAGGUGUGCCCCCACAGCAGGGCAUGGUGCCCCACGGCCUGCAACAGGGGGUCAUGUCCCCACCACAAGGCCUCAUGACCCAGCAGAAUUUCAUGCUGAUGAAGCAGCGAGGUGUGGGGGGUGAAGUCUACACCCAGCCCCCCCACAUGCUCUCCCCACAGGGCUCCCUCAUGGGCCCCCCACCCCAGCAGAACCUGAUGGUGUCUCACCCGCUGCGGCAGCGCAGCGUGUCUCUGGACAGCCAGAUCGGCUACCUCCCGGCGCCGGGCAGCAUGGCCAACCUGCCCUUCUAGCAGCCCCUGCGGGGCUCAAGCGGGCACGGUUGCAAACAUGCUGACCUUAAAAGAGUUUCUUCCUUACAGUGUUGGGAUGACCUGGGUCCAGGGGUGGGUUGGAGGGGGUGGGAGGGGUCUGGUGCGGGAGUGGCAUUUGUGGAAACCAGAUGUGCCGGCAGCUUAGGGGAAGUGGCAGAGUGGGGUGGGGGGUUCGGGAUUGGGGUUUGCUCCAUUUUAACCACCAGGAUGCCCCUUCCUUGCCAUCCUGAUUCCUACAGAGCCUCUCUUUCCCCUCUUUCUCUGCAGCCCCUGCCCCUCAGCUAUGCUUUGGGUCCUUGGAGGAGAGAGGGUGUCCCCUCUCUGACUCUUUCUGCUGCUGUCUCAUUGCUCAAGCUCUGAGCUGUUUUUCUCCUCUUGUUCCUCUGCUCCUACCCAUUUUCCCUUCUGUUUUUUCCUGCUUCAUUCCCUUUCCCCGCUGACAUGGCUGACUCCCGUUCCCAACACCCCUUGCAGGGGGCUGGCCAGGUGGGCAGGUGCCAGCUGGAGCUGUAAAUAGAGCGCUGCGCUUUUGUGCCGGUUUGUGUGUGUGUUGUAUUUCUGUGUUUUGAUAGUCAUACAAAAAAAAAAAAAGGAUAAAAGAAACCCCCCUCUUCAGAUGAUUGUCCUCUUCAUUCCCCUGGACCCAGGACAUGUAAUCCUACACACCCACCCACUGUGCAGUGUCUCUGGGUCCCUAAAGGACACCAUUUCUGUCCCUUCUCCAAGUGGUAAGAUGACAUAGGUGCCCCACACCUAAACUGAGGUCAGACCACCAAGGCUUCCACCUGGUGAGCCCCAGCAGGGCUGAGGCCCCCCAGGACAGCAGUCUAUCUGCUGCUGAGUGAUUCGUGGAGAAUGUGUGUGUACACUAUGCCAGUCACACAGGGCUGUGGCUUCCCGCUGUGGAGGUCUGGGUGCCCUUGCUGCUACAUCUUAGCCAGAACUUGAAGCCCUUUGUCUCCAGUCUGAGAUGAAGGAAAAGAGGAAGGGGCAGUGUCUGAGUGGCCCCUUAAGUGGAGCCAGGAAAGGCCUAAUCCUGCUGGAGUCUGGCUGCCCUAGCCCUGGGCCAGGUAAUGCCCAGGAGCUCCAAUUCUUCCAGAGGUGGCCACCUACUUCUUAUCAAAGAAGGAAGGAACAGGGUUUGGCUGAGUUAGUCUGCCUUGCCUCCAGCCUCCAGCCCGCAGGUUGGAGUGGAAGGAGCCCUGGAGGGGCUGGGAAUAUCCUGCCACCUCCUCUCUGCUUGCCCACUCACAGGCAAGGUCCCUCUGCCCAGGGCUCAGGGCUGUGUGUGCCAGAUCUGUCUAUAUUCACCCACUGCCUCCCCCUCAGUCCCCUCCUUCCUUCCCAGGAGAGCUCCUCACCCACCAAUGGUCAGAGCUGAAGCCAUACGGGACUUUUGACCCAUUGGACCCAGGAGUUAGAAACCUCUUUUUCUCACUUCCUUCCCUGCCCCAUGAGGUGGUGGGGCAGUUCCCUGGCCAAGCCCUUUUGUGCCCCACACCUGCAGGGCCAAGGGCCAUUCUAGACAGGGUGUCUUCUACCAGAGCCCUACCCCCAGCCUUCCUGACCUGCAGGGCCUGGUCUCACCUUGGCAGCUGUAAUACAAAGGGAAUUUGUGCCCACUUCUCCCAGUCUGGUGCUGUCCUCUUGGUCCACCAUCAGCCAGGUCAAGCGCCACUUCCUCCACUCGGGCUGGCUGUGGGCUCCUGACUCUCCCAGCACCUCCCAGAGCCGUGGCCAGCUCUGUGUCGGGGGGCUAGCCUUCCAUCCUGCCAGGCAUGCUGCCUACCUGCCCUGCCUCUGCCCCUGCCCGGGGCCCUGUGCCCCCGAACCCCACCCUGUCCCAAGACUGCCCAAUCUGUCUUACUAAGUGUUUCCUGCCCCAGGAGAGGGCUUAGACCACAAGGGGCCUACACCCUCUUGGUCCCCUCUGCUCCACCUCCACCACCAGCUUCCCCAGGUGAGCUCUACCGGCCAGCCUUUCUCCUCCAUCCAUGGCCAUACCCCCAGCCAUUUUGUACCAUUAUAUAAAUAUAUAUAUAAAUAUAAAUAUAUAAAUACAAUAUGUGAAGACAUCUUCUUGGUUUUUAUUUUGAAACAAUUUUUAGGCUUGUUCCGGGGGUCUCUGUGCUGCCUGUACUGUAUUGACCUGUUUUAUAGGUGCCUUUUUAUUAAAAAGAAAACUCAAAAUCC